AUGUCGUCUUUUGACAUAUUGUCUCUGAAAGAAGCGGCGUUAGUUUAUUUAGACAGGAGUGGAGGUCUUGAAGAGCUCUGUGAAGCCUGUAGAGUGUAUGAAGGACAACAGCAAGAUGAAGCUGUGUACACAUUUUGUAUAAGUAUAAAUCCGACUGAUGUCAUUGAGGUGGAUUCAGAGCUGGGCGAUAUUGUUCUUCAUGAUCCUUUAAAGGCAACUAAAGUGUUUCAGUCUGUCUGCUACCUUGCUAUUAAGACACUUGAGUUGUUGGAUAAAAUCCACACCGAAAGUCAGAUAAAUAUUAUACUCAAAUUUACUCACCUUCCUCCCUUCCCUGAAUACACUCUGGAUCUUUGUGCAUUCCCCCGUGCAAAUGUCCUUUUAAAGCCAGUCUUUGUGGAGGGUCUUGUCAUUGCCUUGACCAGGGUCACCAAGUACACCCAAGGGGCCCGGUUCCUCUGCAUGAAUGAGGACUGCACCUGCUCCUCUGGGUACCAAAACAUACGAGUUCACACUCCAGGGGCUACAGAGUUUGCAACAGUCAGAAAUGAUUUUAGCUGCAAAGUCUGCAAUUCCCAGAUGAAAGAAGAUAUGAAGCUCAGAGUAUUGGGAGACAAACAGCUGGUGAAGCUGAUUCCUUAUCAGGCACUUGAUCUUCUUAGGGGACACCAGAAAGCCUCGCUAAAAUACCAGUCAGUCACCCUUUUUCUCAGAGACGAGCUGUGUAACUCUAUGGGAAUUGGUCAAACAUACAAAGUACUAGGGAUUCCUGCACAUGUGCAUCAGUGGCCUCACGUCACCUGGAGUAUUGAGGCAAACAACAUCCAGCCGUGGGAGCCUGAGUGUUCAUCUAAAGUGAGUGCUACUUUCCUGGAGCUACUCAGGAACACAGUUGGCUCACCAUGGAGAUUUUCUGCCAUUGCUGCUCACUGUUUUGGGUUAGAGAUUGCUCCACCAGGCUUCUAUAACUCCUUAAAGCUCUGCCUGUUGCUCAGUUUAGUGCAAACUGCCACUGAUUCAAAGGAAAUGUUUCAUAGUCUGGAUAUUCUUGUUUGCAACAAUGAAUCUCUAAUAUUGGACAGGCUCCUGACAUACAGCUUAAGCUUGGCUCAGAGAGGGAUCAGGCAUCAGUCUUCAACAGAAAUGUUUGCAUCUUUAUCACGAGAUGAACACGGAGCAGGCACAGCUAACAUCCACGCUGGCUCAGCUCUGCUGGCCACAGGGGGCAUCUGCAUGUUAGGAGAUCUAGGCUGCUACAAAAAGGACAAACUGGAGGCCAUUCAGACUGUGUUGGAGGGCCGGACAGUGUCUGUAUUCAUUCCUGCUAAAAAGUAUGGAGAGGAUGUAGACCAGCAGCUUUCCUUCCCUCUACACUGCAGCUUCUGGGCACUGAUCGACAUUGCAGAUCAUUCUCAUCGGUCCAACAGGACAGAAUGUGCAGCUCUUGGAACAGCAGAUUUAGGCCCAAUACAGAUAAAACUGGCAGAUGCAUUUGGAUUGCUCCUUCAGUGCAGAGAUGUGGGAGCCACAGGCCUUUUUCACACCACUCACAUUCUUCAACAGGCUGUUCAAUCAGGAGCAGGUCUCUAUUCCUGCACCUUCUCCACUCAGGAUUACCAAGAGCUUGUAGCCCAGGCCCGUCUGCUGCAAGUUGAACUCAGUUCAGGUGCAGAGAAGAUAAUUCAUGGAUAUUACAUGGCAAGUCGAAGACUACGAACUCAGUCUCAGGGUGUGAAAAUGUCUGUAGGCUCAAUAAAACUAUUAAUCUCCUUAGCAGAGGCCCACUGCAAGCUGUCCCUCCGGACUCAGGUGCUGGAGGAAGAUGCAGUCAUUGCAGUGCUGCUGUGUGAAAGCUCAGUCUCACUAAAACAUGGAACAUCUCCCCUGGUUCUUCCUCCGGACGCAGCGUUUCCUUGCGAUAUGUCUGAUGUCGACAGUCUGCACCGGAGAGACUUGAUCCUGGAUCAGCUGCACCAGGACAUACUGCGGUUCAUCUACGCGUACGCUCCAGGUGCCGACUCCUACAUCACAGAGGAGUAA